AUGGAUGACAUAAAUUUAGGCAAUCUUCACAUUGAUGGUGUUCCAGGUAUAUUGUUUUAUUCAAAUAGAACAUCUACAUCUGAAGAUACUUUUGAUAAAAUUAUUGGCACCAUUGAAGAUAUUAUUGUGGAUGAAGAAUUUCAGAUGAUGUUGAAUAACUUUAUGGAAAAAUAUUAUAUACAAUUUGAUGAUAAUUCUGAAAACAAAUUAGAAUAUACUUCAAUAUUCAAUGAGUAUGUUAAUAAAAUAGAAAAAUUCAUAGAGGGCCAACUGAAUGCAAAAUAUCCAGGAUUUGACAUGGAUAAUUUCAUAAUGCAACUGGAAAAAAAAAUAAAACAAGAGCAGUUAGAAGGUGAAGUGUUCGAAGUAUUGUCUACUUUUUCCGAUUUCAUUGCUUUUAGAGACAUGUUUCAGGAUUAUAAAGCAUUUAAAGAAGGCAAUUCAGCUGAUUUAAGUACAGCUAUUUGUGUUACCAGUUUGCCAUUCAAAGAACCUACAGUUAAUCACAAAACUGUUUAA